AACGUUUUCUGACCGAUCUUUUUCUUCUUUGUAGCUGUCCAACACGGACCGUACCGUCUUGGAACCAACAAUGAUGUUCUUCGCUUUAGUAAUGGCUUGUGCGCUUUUGCAAAAUGCGACGUCGCGCAUGUUCAAUGAAUCCAUCUACUUGGUGACGAUGAGCUCCCAGGUGGUGGGUGGGAGCAUGGAGACCCUGUGUGUCCAUGUUCACAAGCCCACGGAGCCACUUUCACUCAUGGUGACGCUACAGCUGGAGCAGGGACAGUUAGCCAGGCUACUGGAGACCAUAGUCAACUGGGGCUUUCAUUACUGUCUCGCAUUCGAGGUACCCUCUGUGUUGCUUGACACUGUGGCCACCCUCGGUGUCUCUCUGACUGGAUAUAAGGACUCGAUGAGCAAGGAGACAAAGAUCCUCAUUACACCCUCUAACUUCAUCACCAUCAUCCAGACAGACAAGCCCAUCUACAAACCUGGCCAGAAGGUUCAGUUCCGAGUCGUCUCUCUGACUUCCAGUUUUGGGACGUACAACCAGAAGUAUCAAACUGUGGAGAUUCAGGAUCCCAACUCCAACCGCAUCGCUCAGUGGCUGGACCUUUCAACGGUCAGUGGCAUGCUGGACCUCUCCCACGCCACCACAGCAGAGGCCCCUCUGGGCCGAUACAUCAUCACCGUCUGGAACGAGAGGGGCAAGCAGACCUCCACUGGCUUCAACCUCAAAGAAUAUGUUCUUCCCAAGUUCGAGGUCACGGUGUCUCUGCCCAACAUCACCAUCCUGGACACUGAGGUCACACUGAGGGUGUGCGGAAAGUACACAUAUGGGAAGCCUGUCCUGGGCUCGUUGAGGGCUGAGGUCUGCAGGAAAGACUAUUAUAAUUGGGGUCACCCAGACGGAGACUCCAGAAUCUGCGGGAAGUAUAACCUGGGUGUGACUGACCCAAGUGGCUGUGCAACACAAGUGGUGGACGUGACUCUGUUCAGACUGGACCAAUAUGGGUAUCAGGAUGUCUUUGAGGUGCAGGCGGAACUAGAGGAGAGUGGGACAGGGGUUGUCACGAAGGGCAGUGGCAGUGCCGUGUUCACCAGCGUUAUCAGAGAUGUCACGUUUGAGGGUGUCCCCUCAUACUUCAAACCUGGCAUCCUUUUCCAGGGCAAGAUCAAGGUGGUGGGCCCAGACCUCUCCCCCGCUGCUAACGAGUUGGUCUACCUGAUCCUGAAUGCAGAUGGGCAGUCUGAGAACUGGACCCUUACCACAGACAGCAGUGGCAUGGUCCCUUUCUCUCUGGUCACCACCACCACCUGGAAGAAUGGUGUAUCUCUGGAGGCUCGCUCCAAGUUGGAAGCGUUUUCGUUUUCUGGACCGCAACGCAUGCCAGGAUGCACCUCGGCCUACCGCUACAUCACAGCCUUCUACUCCAAGAGCAGGAGCUCUGUAUCUCUCCAGUAUACCAGCCAGAGCUUAUCCUGUGACACUGACGCCGUCUUACUCGCCUCCUACACUGUCAAGGGGCAGGAACUCGAUAAGGGCCAGAAGACUCUGGACUUCUUUUUUAUGGUGAUGUCCAGAGGCAGUGUGGUGAGAAGUGGGCAUCUCCCCGUGUCUGUUGUGAAGUCAGGAUCAUACUUUCAACUGUCGCUAGAAAACCGAGGGACUUUGCGUGUGCCACUUGAGCAUGUUGAUGAGCUUGCCCCAGUGGCCCAAGUGGUUGUGUACGCAAUCAUGCCCAAUGGAGUGAUUGUGGCCGACAGCAUGGACUUCCCUGUCGAGCUCUGCCUCAAGAACAAGGUGUCUCUGCAGUUCUCCUCGCUCCAGGCACUACCUGGAGGGACUGUGUCCCUGAUGCUGAAGGCUCAGCCAGGCUCCCUCUGUUCCGUCAGGUCCAUCGACCAGUCAGUCCUGCUGCUACAGCCUGGAGAGGAGCUCAGCAGCCAAUCGGUGUAUAACCUACUACCGGUCUACAAGUUGUCAGACUACGAUUACAAUAUCGAAGAUCCUGAAUCCAACCCAUGCACACCUGUGGGACCAUUGAACCCGCUUCCCAUGCCAGUGGACAGACCAUCUAUGCCAUUAGGCCGCCACUGGAUUUUUAACAACAGGAUCGAUGUUUACAAAGUCUUCAGAGAUAUAGGUAUGAAGAUCAUGACCAAUUCGGAUGUGCGGAUGCCUUUUGACUGUACAUCCUACCCUUACCCUGACAUGUUGGGACUGACCAUGAGCCCCAAACAUUCUCUCCCAGUGUUAAAUGCCCCCAUCAGUGGUUCAUCUGAUGUCAUCCGACAAGACACACUGCGAACAUACUUCCCAGAGACCUGGAUCUGGGACCUGGUGCCUGUUGGAGACUCUGGCGCCAUGACAGUUGAGAAGACCGUCCCUGACACCAUUACCACAUGGGCUUCUGGAGCUUUCUGCACGUCCCCUGGGGGUCUGGGUCUGGCGCCCAGUACGACCCUCACAGCCUUCCAGCCUUUCUUCGUCAGCCUCACCCUACCGUUUUCAGUCAUCCGCGGCGAGGUGUUUGCCCUCCGGGCCACCGUCUUCAACUACCUCUCCACGUGCAUCAUGGUGAAGGUGACCGUGUCACAAUCAGACCAGUUCAGCAUCGCAUCCUGUGUUGGCUGCCAGUACCAGCUGUGUCUGUGUGCCAAUGAGAGCAGAACUUUCCAGUGGCUCAUCACCCCCACCGCUCUAGGGGAGGUGAGUGUGAAGGUGAGUGCAGAGGCCAUAAAUACCAUUGUUCGCUGUGGCAAAGGCCUGCCCACUGUUCCCAAGAUGGGCCGCAUUGACACGGUGGUCCAGACAUUCUUGGUGGAGGCUGAGGGGAUCCUUGAGACUGUCAGCUACAACGCUCUCCUCUGCCCUGCAGCGGGUCCAGUAGAGGAGACGAUCUCUCUGCGGCUGCCGACUGAGUUUGUGAUUGGAUCAGCCAAGGCCUCGCUCUCUGUCCUGGGUGACCUGAUGGGCAGAGCCUUGAGGAAUGUGGGCAGCCUGCUGGCCAUGCCCUCUGGUUGUGGAGAGCAGAACAUGCUUCAGUUUGCCCCCAACGUCUACAUCCUGGAGUACCUGCAGAGCACCUAUCAACUGACCACUGAGAUCGGGGACAAGGCUGUCGUCUUCCUGAAGGGUGGUUAUCAGAAUGAGCUCAACUACAGACAUACUGAUGGAUCGUACAGCGCCUUUGGCCAGAGUGAUGAGUCUGGCAACACCUGGUUGACCACCUUCGUAAUGAAGUCUUUUGGAGGGGCGCACCGUUUCAUUUUUAUUGACCCUGUCCACAUCACCAUGGCGAAGUCCUGGUUGGCCGGUCUGCAGCAGCCUAAUGGCUGCAUCACCUCUGUGGGGAAGCUCUUCCACAAUGACAUGCAGGGAGGCGUGAGUGACGACGUGUCCCUGACUGCCUACGUCACUGCAGCUCUGCUGGAGCUGGGCCAUGACCCCACUGACCCCAUGGUGGUGACCUGUCUGGGCUGCUUAUGGACUGCGAUGGCCAACCCAGUGGCUAACCUCUACACUGUAGCCCUGCUCUCCUACACCUUCACCCUGGCAGGAGACCAGGACACACGGAGCAUGCUGAUCACCCACCUGGACCAGGAUGCCCAGAUCACAGAUGGUGCUCGUCACUGGGAGGGAACGGCCACUCCUGAGACUGGCCUGAACUCCAUUGCCGUGGAGAUGACCUCGUAUGUGUUGCUCGCGCUUCUCUCCGGACCGGUAAUGGAAGGUUUCGGGCUGGACUACGCAUCCAGCAUCGUCCGCUGGCUGGUCAGGCAACAAGACCUCAAUGGAGGCUUCUCUUCUACACAAGACACAGUGGUGGCACUGCAGGCCCUGGCAAAAUACGGUGCUGCCACCUACAGUCCAGGAGGUGCUACUACAGUGGUGGUGACCUCUGGUGGCUGGAGGCAGGACUUCAGGGUGGACCAGCAGAACCGCCUGCUGUACCAGGAACAGCCACUAGAGCAGGUUCCUGGAGAGUACCAGAUCAGGGCUGAAGGGGAGAGCUGUGUGUUUGUCCAGAUCGCUCUGCAUUACAACACCCCCCCUCAUCCAGACGUCUCUGCCUUUGCUGUGACAGUUGAGGUGGUCGAUAGGUGUGAACCCAAACCCUCCCUCAUCUUGGUGGUUAAAGUCAGGUACAGUGGUCACCGGGAUGAGACCAACAUGGUUAUUAUUGACGUCAAACUUCUUUCCGGCUUCAUCCUAGACAAGACCUCAGUGAACCCUAUGAAGACUUCAAAGCGUGUUGAUGAAAAGGAUGGACAUGUGAUCAUCUAUGUAGAACAGCUGAAGCGAAUGGAGACCAUGUCCUACACGCUCGUCAUGGUGGAAGACUUCCCUGUCAAGAACCUCCAACCUGCUGUGGUCAAAGUCUACGACUAUUACCAGAAAAGUGAUGAGGCGGUUAGUGAGUACAGCUCUACCUGUGCAGAGCGAUAUGUAAAAUGAUGGACAUCUGCAUUACAUUUCCUGUAUCUGACCAAUAAAA